AUGACCUAUACAGACAACACAAAUAAUUACGCGUCAAAAGAGCACCCGUACUCGCCUCAAACCUCAAACGGGUACAAUAAUAAUGGCGAAACGGGUGAUUACUCGCAGCUUAAUUACAACGACGACGAGUACAUUGACAGCAAAAACACCAAUGACAUUAACAAUUACGGACACGUAAGGCAAGAAUGGUAUAACGACAUGGCGUAUUAUUGGCAUAUCCCAAAUCCAGCUUUUCCCGCAUCAUUUUAUGGGGUUUUUCCAACACCUCCAUUAUCGUCGAUGUCUCUUUCGCCUUCUACCUUAAUGUAUUAUCCACCGCCACUCUCUUCAGCUGGAGAAGUAAAAGAAGAUGAUUCUUUUACGCACGAAAACGACGACAAUAAUGGAAGUUAUUUGAUGAUGUCGUAUAAUCGGUUCCCUUUCUAUUCGGAACGACGAUUUAUCGAGUUACCCUGUGGGGAAUACGAAGACUCGCAACUCCACGCGAAUCAUCGUCCUGCCAACUAUAAUAACACUGAUGCUAUGAGUCCGCGAAAUUACCACAGUGAUGGUGGCAAUGUUCCAUUCGGUAAUAGUUAUCGUUAUUACAAUGAUAACUUUUCAAGACGCAAAUCACCUCCUGGGUACAGUGGUGGUGGAUUACGACACAAUAGAAACUUGAAUAGCAAUUGGCGACGAAAUUUCAGGGGUAGCAACAGCAACACUUUUAGAAAUAGUAAUAACUAUACUAACAAGAAAAACUACAAAUCCUAUUAUAAUGAUUAUUACGAUUCGUUACCAAAUAAAUUCAAUAAUUAUAAUGAUGAUGAUGAUAGUAGUGAAAGCAGUCUUGAAGAAAUAAACUUGAAAAUUUCUAAACAAAUUCCCGUAAUACCAUCAUCUAUUACCAUAUUUUCAACACCACCCGCCUCCGCCUCAUCAUCCGUUGGAUUCGAAAAGCUACCCGUUGACAUUCUAAUUAUAAUUGUGCAGUAUGCUUUUCCGGAUCCCACCUCUUCAUGUUUGACGAAUCUGCGUCUGUUAUCAAAGAGUUUUAACAAAGCAAUACUGAGCGUGCUUCGCGAGUACAUUAAGCAACAGUUAAAUCACCGGUACAACAUCAAACCCAAUUUCAAGUGCACAGAAAGAGCGGAAAAUAGCACUAGAGAUACUUUAACGAAAAAAGAUGAUGGCGACCCCAACGAUGAUGACAAGGAUAAAGAACACAAUGAUGACAGCAACGACUACGUUGACGACGAUGGAAUGUACGUGAUCCCUCAGUUCUUGAGCCUCGCGAGGCCACAAACACUCAAAAAGGUCGUGUGCAUUCUAUGUGGGUAUGCGAGUUCUUACGCGAUGUCUUGUCCGCCACGCGAUCGUAAUGGAUGCGGUCGAAUGUGUUUCAACUGUUACAAACCAAUAAUCUACAACCUGCUUGACUCACGCGUCAAUUUCAAGACGAUACAAGAGCUCAGUGUUUUUCGAAAUCGAUUUUUCGAUUCGAUGGGUAAAUUAGAAUGGUUUGACGCGAUUCCAUGGAAUCACGAUUACGGAAAGAAUAAUAAGUUAGUGAGAUGGAUUACUUUCAACAGAAUGAAAGAUUAUGUAGAGAAAUACUAUCAGCGUAAUGGAAUGUCGACAAUGACUUUGACUGUAACAAAACAAGCUAUAUGGUCAGUUGUGGAGAACUCACCUAAAAAUAUCAACAGGCAAGCAUUAUCUUAA